CUCGCAGCUGAUCCUCCAACACCCCAACUGCAGCUAUCGGGUUCUCGUCCGCGGUGCUGAAAAGCCCUCCCUCGUUAAGACCCAAUACCCAGCUGUAGAAAUCAUAUCCGGCGACCUGUCAAAAACCGGUGCUGGACGCGGUCCGGUCUCGAAACGGAGUCGACAGCUGUAUAUUCUAUCGACGUGAUUCUGGAAAGGAAGAAAGUCCCGAUCAUCGGCGAGGGACAGUCCCUGGGGACAAGUGUGCAUGUUACGGACAUGACGGAUCUGUUCCUGCGGCUGGUUGUGGGGACCCGAGGCGUGCUAUAUGCGGCGGCGACAGAGGAGCAUCGGUGGUCUGACGUCGGUAGGAAGAUUGCGCAGAUUGCGGUGCAGAAAGGAUGGGUUCCGGCGGUGGAAUCCUACCGGUCCGAGUGUGGACGAGGAGUUGCCCGGGAUUCUCCAGGGAGAGUGGGAGAGGAUACAGAAGUGAGCGUUAUUGUCCCUACCUCUCUCCCCAUUUGGGACUUUAUCUUCGACUCGGACUAUUCGCCUCUGCGCCGCGUGCACCCGACCGACCUGGGCGCCUUCGUCAACGCCGCCACUGCCGAGCGCAUCCGCUACGACGAGGUAAAAGACUACGCGACCUACAUAUCCACCGCGCUGGUUCGGGACCAUGGCCUGCAGAAAGGUGACACCGUGGCUAUGUUCAGCCCAAACACCAUCUGGUAUCCGGUUGCGCUGCUAGCGACGGCUCGCGCUGGCGGCAUUGUCUCCGGUGCAUCGCCGGCAUAUAACGUCGAAGAAAUGUCCUACGCGUUGACAACAGGCAAGGCAAAGUACCUACUGACGGUCCCAUCGUCCUUGGCGGUUGCCAUUCCGGCGGCCAAGAAUGCUGGCAUACCCGCUGACCGCAUCCUUUUGCUUGAGGGAGAGCAAGACGGGUAUACCAAUGUCCAGAAGCUCUUGGAGAUCGGCAAGGAGUACGGCGAUGAUGGACAGGUCUCGCCGUUCAAGUUUGCUGACGAAGAAUCCAAUCGCGAUCUGUGUGGCUUUUUGAGCUUCAGCAGUGGAACCACGGGACUUCCCAAGGCAGAGAUUGCUAAGGAGCAGGUGAUGAUCACGCACCACAAUGUCAUGGCGCAGUGCAUGCAGAUCCAACAGAUCGUGCCGCCGGAUUAUAAGAAAACGCUGGCAGUCCUGCCGCUCUUCCACAUAACCGGCCUCGUGCAUUUGAUGCACCUCCCCAUCCUCCUGAACACAGAGGUCUUUAUGCUCCCGUCCUUCAACAUGACCAGCAUGCUCAAUACCGUUGUCGACAACAAAAUCACAGAACUCUUACUCGUACCGCCUAUUUUGGUCCGUCUCCUCCAGGACCCGACGGCGGCGAAGUUCGAUCUGUCGCAUGUUAAGACCUUUACAUCCGGGGCUGCUCCGAUGGCCGAAGGGUUUCUCCAAAAGCUGGAGAAUCGGUACCCCUGGACGGGUUUCAAGCAGGCGUAUGGCAUGACGGAGUCAUGCAGUUGUAUCACGAUGCAUCCGUUUGAUAAACAAUCUUACCAGUAUGCCCAUCAUGUAGGAACCAUUGUCGCCAACACGGAAGUGAAAAUCUUAGAUCCGAAAACGGGUCGCGAAAUGGGGUAUAACGAGCUGGGAGAAAUUCUGGCGCGAGGCCCACAGGUAGUGAUGGGGUAUUUAGACAACGUGAAAGCCACCCGCGAGACCUUCGACGCAGAAGGGUGGUUACAUACGGGGGAUAUCGGAUUUAUGGACGAAGAGGGAUUCCUAACCAUCACCGACCGCAUUAAAGAGAUGAUCAAAGUGAAGGGAAUCGGGGUGUCGCCGGCUGAGCUGGAGGAUCUGCUCCUUGGCCGGAACGAUGUUGCGGAUGCGGCUGUAACGGCCAUCCCGGACGACUAUUCGGGCGAAAGACCGAAAGCGUACGUGGUUCUGCAAUCGAGCGAGAAGGAAAGGGUUGGCGAUGGAUUUGGCCUAGUGGAUAUAGGCAGAGACAUAAUCGAGUACGUGCGAGCGAAGAAAGUCCGUCAUAAAUGGAUUGUGGAGGUGGAAUUCGUCAAGGAAAUCCCGAAGAGCGCCAGCGGGAAAAUCCUGCGGAGAGUCCUUCGGGACAUGGAAAAGAAAGGAACCUCGGGGAAAAGACUGGUGGUGCGGGAUGAGAGGGUCAAGGCGAAGCUAUAGGCACUCGGAUAAAGCUUUAAGGUACUGGAAUUAGAAUGAUGAUCGAC